AGACAGAGAGAGAGACUAGUGAGCGCAUCAGAGACCGGUAUGAGGAACACGAGAGGAUGUCACCCGGUUUUUUGUUUUUUGGCCACCCGGUCCGGAACCAUAACUUGGCGUCUUGAUACAUCUCUUAAGAGCUCCGAUUGAUUUCCACAGAACCAUGGGAUUUCUUUGGGACUAACUGAUUUGGUCCACAGAUAUCCAGAGUCUCUCUGGGAAAAGGCGCGGGUACGACGGACGAGAUCAAGAUCAACUUAACAUGACCGUGGGGAAAGUUCCGGAGGGGCUUCAAUUCACCAUGCUCAUGACCCUCCUCUGCCUGAGCAACAACGAGAUUAAAGCAGCAGCCAUGGUGACCAGCAGGGCGGCGCUGGAGGGAGCGUGUCCCCUGGGCCAGUUCCCCUGUGGUAACAUGAGCCUCUGCCUGCCCCAGAAGCUGCAUUGCAACGGACACAGGGACUGUCCCAACGGGGCGGACGAACGCCACUGCGGGGACAACAUUGGCUGGGCCGACCUGUUUGCAGGGACCAUGCAGGACGUCGACUCCGUGGAUCUUUCAUUCUUUGACGAGUGUUUCCUGCAGGAGUUCCCAGAUACCUGCGAGUGCCACCAGACCGAGGUGCAGUGUGCGGCGGUCAACCUCAGCGCCGUGCCUCAACUCUCCGCCAACGUCACCUGGCUGUCCUUGAGGAGCAAUAAGAUACGACUGUUGUCCGACUAUGUUUUCUCCGAAUAUUCCUCCCUGGAGAGAUUGUACCUCCAAAACAACAGCCUGCACACCAUAUCCAAGCACGCCUUCAGUGGCCUGCACACGCUCAAGAGACUGUAUCUAAGUGAAAACGUGAUAUCCUCUCUGAGCCCAGGAGUAUUCAGAGAUCUCCAUCAGUUACACUGGUUGAUGCUGGAUCAUAACCCACUGAGGAGCGUUUCACAGGACACCUUCACUGGACUGCAGUCGCUGAUGUACCUGUCCAUGGUGGAUACUUCUCUGCAGCAGAUGCCCCACACAAGCUUCUGCCAACACAUGCCCGCUCUGGAUUGGCUAGACCUGGUGGGGAACCAGAUACAGGUGCUCAACUACUCCAUCCUGAAGACCUGCAGCAAGCUGGAGGUUCUGUCACUGAUGGACAACAGGAUUAUCACCAUCCCUGAGAACACCUUCCAGUCGCUAUGGAAACUGGCUGAACUGGACCUGUCGGGCAACAGAAUCCAGGACUUGCCCAAGGACACCUUCAAGAGUCUGUCCAAGACUCUACUGAAACUAAAUAUUUCCCACAAUCCUCGUCUCCACAUUAAUCCCGCCCUCUUCAGCCACCUGACCCAUCUGCGAUCUCUGGCACUGGAAGGGAUUGAGAUUCCUGACGUCCAGACCAAGAUGUUUCUUCCAAUGGGAAACCUCUCCCAUAUCUACUUCAAGAGCUUCCAGUACUGCUCGUAUGCGCCUCACGUCCGCUCCUGCAAGCCCAACACGGACGGCAUCUCCUCCUUCGAGGACCUGCUGGCCAACCUGGUGCUGCGGGUCUCCGUGUGGGUCAUGGCCUUCAUCACCUGCUUCGGCAACCUCUUCGUCAUCGGCAUGCGGUCGCUGAUCCGGGCCGAGAACAACCUCCACGCCGCCUGCAUCAAAGUGCUCUGCUGUGCCGACUGCCUGAUGGGCGUGUACCUGUUCUUCGUGGGCGUGUUCGACGUGAAGUUCCGCGGAGAGUACAACCGCAACGCGCAGGUGUGGAUGGAGAGUGUGGAGUGCAGGACCAUGGGCUUCCUGGCCAUGCUCUCCUCGGAGGUGUCCGUUCUCCUCUUGACGUACCUGACCCUGGAGAAGUUCCUGGUGAUCGUCUUCCCGUUCAGCAACCUCCGACCCUCCAAGCUGCAGACUGUGACGAUGCUGUCCUCCAUCUGGCUGGUGGGCUUCCUCAUCGCCGUGGCGCCCCUCAUGAACGAGGACGUCUUCGGGAACUACUACGGCCGCAACGGCGUCUGCUUCCCGCUGCACUCGGACCGGCAGGAGAAGCCCAUGGCCAAGAGCUACUCCACGGUCAUCUUCCUAGGCCUUAAUCUGGUGGCCUUCCUGGUGAUCGCCAUAUCCUACUCGAGUAUGUUUUACUCAAUCUACAAGACCGGCAUCAACGCCACCGACGUACGCCACAGGCUGCACAAAGACGUGGCCGUGGCUAACCGCUUCUUCUUCAUCGUGUUCUCUGACGCCCUCUGCUGGAUACCGAUAUUCCUGGUCAAAAUUCUUUCACUGUUGAAGGUGGAGAUACCGGGCACCAUCUCCAGCUGGGUGGUGAUCUUCAUCCUGCCCAUCAACAGCGCGCUGAACCCCAUCCUGUACACGCUGACCACCAGCUUCUUCCGCGAGCAGGUGGAGCUGCUGCUGUGCCGCUGGCAGCGCCGCACCACCCUGAAGAAGGACCGCAAGAGCCUCACCUCCUCCACCAUCUGCAUGGAGAACUCCCGGCCCCUCUGCUACCAGGCCCCCGUCUACCUCCCCCGGGCCUCGCUGGCCAGCGCGGACCCCCGCUACGGCUGACCAUGGGGUCCCCCCCCCCCCCCCCCCCCCUCCCCCUUCACUCCCCCUGACCCCUGGAACUGCGGGUUCGGUGCCCGGGGCACAGGCAACCCGGUCGCGUACGGGUGGGGUUCGGGGUUUGGGGGGUGGGGUUGGCGGCUGGGACAGGCGGAUCGGUCGUGUACGGGUGGGGUCGGGGUUCGGGGGGGGGGGGGGGGGGGGGGGGGGGUGCGGGGGUUGUGGGGGUCGGAGCGGAUUGCCGUUGCCUGAAGAACAACACACACGUCGCAGACGCACGCACACGGCAGAACGUAGACGUCGGCGUCGUUUGUCUCGUCGCGGCGGGAAGCGCGACUCCGUUCUGAAGUGAAUGAAAAAAAAAAUAAUAUUCUGUUAAGACUGUGAAACUACUGAGCAACUGUAAGCUAUGGGUACGAUGACGCAGAAUGUAACCAAGCCAAACAAACAGAGUGUUAUUCGGCGAUAUUCGUGUCGUCACCACGUAAUGGAAGCUGAGUAGGGCUCUCACUGCACUUUGUUACGAACCAAAUUAUGAAAAAAAAUACUUUGUUACUAGAGUGCUCAACACAACAUCCAGAACAUCUUAAGAAAGCUAUUUUGUAAUUUUAACUCAAUUCCAACAAAGAAAUGGAUCAUAUUUAAUAUGAUUAUGUCAUAUUAAUUAAAAUACAGAUUCAUAAAUGUUAUGACUGAAUGACCAAACUGAACCAAUAAUAUGAUUUUUUUAUUUUUUUUUAAAAGAGGUUUGUUAAGAUGAGGGGGCAGAGAUGACAAUCAGAGACUACUAAAUAAAGAACAGCUUUGUGUUUCGGUAGCAUUUGUUUUUCCCCACCUCAUCGUGGUGAAUUCUGUAGUCGGUCUGUAAAAUAACUUCUCCUGGUUUUAUAAAGGUCCUUCUAGUGUACAUUAUGCACAGCCCUUUUUGUCUGCACGUGUGUCAACUGUGACAUUUUUGACCUGCGCUGCAGCAGAGCUCACAACGACAAUCACUCGAUUUAUGGGGAGAAUUUUUGACAGUUGAGCCAGGAUCCAUCGACUUCGGUGCGAUGCCACAUACACAAUGUUUGCGCAUCGAAACAAAGAAAUAAAAGUCGAUUCAAUUCAUUUCCCGCUGUUUGUAUGAGGGCCAAUGGACUGUUCAAACGUUGGUACUUUAUGUUGUGUUUAUACUUUUUAUACCGGCUGAGCAACGAUACGAUGAAUUCACAAAUGCCUCUUUGAAGUUUUUGUAUGAUUUAUUUGCCUUGGGGUUCGAAGCUUCCUGUCCGAAGACAUCAUCAGUGAAUAAGAACAAUUCAGCAGGGAACUCAGAGAUUUUAGAUAGAGAAUGGAGGUAAUGACUCUGCCAGCAACAGAGAAAAUACCAAGGCACAUCAUUGAAAAUUAUGCUGUGCAUAUGUACAUUUAAACUUGAGGUCUGGCUAUUGUUGUUGUGUUUAUUUGUGUUUGUACCGUUCUGAUAUGUAAAUGGGUCCACCGUGUUGUUUGCGAUGCGUUGAAGUAUACUGUCCUGAAAGGUGUGCCUAUGUUGGGUUAGACGAUGACUGAAGUGGCAAAAUUAUCAAAUUUGUUUUUUGUUUGAAGAAUUACAGAAGAGGAUUUGGGCCACAUGUGAUUAUUUCCUGAGAUUAAAGUCAGAAUUCUGACUUUAAACUCUGAACUCAAAAAGAUAUGGCCACUAAUCCUCAUCCGUAGCGAAUGGAGGGAGCAGAUGGAAAAACACCCAGACGACGAUCUGUAUAGUUUUUAUCAACCAAGACAGGAAUCACAGGGUUUGAACUCUGCUCAUACGCCUCGGAACGUCUGGCGCGGUGGCAUCACAGCUCCAUCUUCUGCGUCUGUGCUUUAUGUUCUGGUACGUCCAGUUAUGUGCAUGGUGGACCCACUGCCUUUUCAAUGUGGAGCAACUGGUUUUAAUGAUGUUUAAUAAAUAGGACAAAACAAAGUGAUGCUUGACUUUCUUGCUCUGCAUUUGUUUACGGUACAGUUGAUUAAGUCUGCACUCAUGAGUCACAUAAUAAGCCUUCAAUAAAUAUCAUUUUCAAGAUCUAUGCGUUGUAGAGCUGGAUACAGGUUGAGUCUUUCAUU